AUGAUCAAGCAGAUUCAGACACCGCCCGACGUCAUCCUGACAACUGCGUGCUUUGUUUACAUUUCAGGACCUCGAUGGAGAGCUGACCCGACCUUAUGGGAAGACGUUAAGCGACAAUUGUCAGUAUUCAAUUGCCAAGUAGCACUCACGUUCAUCUACCCGAUCUACAUUUAUGGAUUUGUAUCACUCACUGGUAUUCACCAGGCGAUGUUCGUCGUCAUUUUGCCAAUUAUUCAACUGAUCGCGAAGAAUUGGGUCAGUCGUCAACACACGAAUCAUGAUCUCAAACCUGAAAGCGUUAUUUUCAUUGUGGAAGUUUUCAACGCUCUUUAUGUCUCGAAUGCACUCCACAAUUCUUCGUCGUGGAAGACGACAGCCGCAAUUAUGACCAUCGAUUUCUUACACUUCUGGAUGUCCAUGUUUGACGUUAUAGAGGCUCUGAACGAGGUGAAGAUCCUUAUGGCUAAAAUUCCUCGUAGCCACCCGACCGCACAGGAGAGUUUUGUGCAGAUAGCGAUGAGAAUCCUGGAUAUUGAGGCCACAUUGAAGGCGUCAAGGACAGAUAGCACUAAGAAUGCGUCUUGGGGAUUGCGAAUGGAGAAAUGGCGCGAAUCUUCCCAAUUCGCUUUUUCCACCGUCGAAAGUGGUGGCAACCCAGAGUCCGACCAACGUUCGCUGUAG